CCCCUCAUCUCAAAUGCCUCGUCUGGAACGGCGAAGAAACACACCCACAACAAGUUAACAAAACAAUACUGGGUGAAUUGCAACAAUACUAAUAUGUUCUGGAGAAACAAUGAUUGACUAUACGUUUUUGCUUCCAAGCUGUCGCCCUUUUGCGGUUGGGAAGUUUCUGAAAAAGCGCAAAAGGACCUGGAACUUUAGAAGACCUCCAGUUGCUUUCCACUCUACUGAUCAAGCCGGGGGUCCGGUCGAGCUUUAAAGUCUAUGCAAUACAUUUUAGACUUCUCUCGACUCAGGGAUUCGUGCGCUCGGAAAGCUUGAUUUCAACAUAAUUGUCCUAGGUUAUGUUUUGUCGUGGUGGGCACCUUCAUGCGAUAAGGAUAUGGUAUUUCUUUAACAUUAUCCUGGUUUUGUUUUUGACAAUGGAAAGCAAAUGAAAGGGGCAUUUCACGGGAUUAAUUGACAGCGCAACGACAGUAUGCGGGAGAGAGACCUACGGAGAGUGUGCAAAAGGGGUCUGCUGCUGGCCGUCUGUGUGGUGUCUCUCUGGGGACAGCUGACCCUCGCAUCGUCACACAGAAGUCACAUAGUGCAUGUCAAAGCAGGGACCUGUGAAGUGAUCGCCGCCCACCGCUGCUGCAACAAGAACAAGAUUGAGGAGAGAUCCCAGACGGUCAAAUGUUCCUGCUUCCCCGGACAGGUUGCUGGGACAACAAGAGCGGCUCCAUCUUGUGUGGACGCAUCCAUAGUUGCACAGAAGUGGUGGUGCCAGAUGCAUCCAUGUAUGGAUGGGGAGGAGUGUAAAGUGUUGCCUGACCUGAAAGGCUGGAGCUGCAGUACAGGAAACAAAGUAAAGACGACGAAGGUGGGUGCAUAAUGUCACACGAUAGUGCUGUCUGUCCUGGAUCUGAAGACUUGGCAUCAGUCAUCUCUUCCUUGACAGAAACCACAGGGACUUCUUGGAUGUGAAGACUAUGUAUUGAAGGAUUGUGGGAUGGAACCAGGGACCAAUAAGGGAAAAAAAGGAAACACUGAAAUUCCACUGAAUGGAGGCAGAGACUUGACUUGGAGAUCCCAUAGAACCACCUAUCCAGACUACUGGACUACUGAUUAGAUCCCAUAGAACCACCUAUCCAGACUACUGGACUACUGAUUAGAUCCCAUAGAACCACCUAUCCAGACUAAUGGACUACUGAUUAGAUCCCAUAGAACCACCUAUCCAGACAUUGGACUACUGAUCAGAUCCCAUAGAACCACCUAUCCAGACAACUGGACUACUGAUCAGAUCCCAUAGAACCACCUAUCCAGAUCCCAUAGAACCACCUAUCCAGACUACUGGACUACUGAUUAGAUCCCAUAGAACCACCUAUCCAGACUAAUGGACUACUGAUUAGAUCCCAUAGAACCACCUAUCCAGACAACUGGACUACUGAUUAGUUCCCAUAGAACCAGCUAUCCAGACUACUGGACUACUGAUUAGAUCCCAUAGAACCACCUAUCCAGACAACUGGACUACUGAUUAGUUCCCAUAGAACCAGCUAUCCAGACUACUGAACUACUGAUUAGAUCCCAUAGAACCAGCUAUCCAGACUACUGGACUACUGAUUAGAUCCCAUAGAACCACCUAUCCAAACAACUGGACUACUGAUUAGAUCCCAUAGAACCAGCUAUCCAGACUACUGGACUACUGAUUAGAUCCCAUAGAACCACCUAUCCAGACAACUGGACUACUGAUUAGAUCCCAUAGAACCACCUAUCCAGACUACUGGACUACUGAUUAGUUCCCAUAGAACCACCUAUCCAGACAACUGGACUACUGAUUAGAUCCAAUUCCUAGCCAUUAUUGUUUAUGUUUUUUCCUCCAAUGAACUGCUACAGUAGGUGAUCCAAACCUGCAAGGUAUUUAUUCAGUAAAAACAAAAACUGUGGAUUAUGCAAGCAAGAUAAACCUUAAUGCGAAACAUGUGACGUGACAUUUUUAAAUAUUUUUCCUCUUUUUGCCACAGAGAGCUCAAUGACUCCAAAACAAAGUGUUUGUGUUCGAGAUUUAGAUCAUAAGCAUAUCCAUUUAUUUUUUAACCGUAUGAAGCAGACAUCUCUUCUUUUUAAGGUUUUUGAUUUUUAAAAAGCAUUAAGUGUUCGGUUUUAGUAAUUCUGUUGGACAGUCAGGUCUGCUUUUGAAGACUUGAGACAUCAAAGGAGAUGCCACAGUGAAAAAUAGUACUAACUACUAUGUUGCAGUGCUUGAAUUAAAGGCACCAUGGUUUCAACAAACCAAUUAAUAUGACAUAAGCUGAACUCCAACUGUUUUAAUAUCUGUUUUUAAAAGCCUGGUGACCAACAUUGAGUAAAAGUGUCAGUAUUAUCUCAAUAAACCUAUGUCAAAAGGA